AUGAAGUCAGAGCCUGACGUCUUCUCCUUAGACGACCUGGCCGCUAAGCCAGCACAGACAGAGCACUGGGACGGCGUGCGGAGCCACCAGGCCAAGAAGGUGAUGCAGAGCAUGAGGGUGGGCGACCGCGCUUUCUUCUAUCACUCCAACGCCAAGCCGCCGGGCAUCGUCGGCAUCGUGGAGGUGGUGCGUGAGGCCUACCCCGAUCACACCCAGUUCGACCGGGCCAGCCAGUACUACGAUGCCGGCAGCAAGGCGGAGAGCCCGCGGUGGUUCAUGGUGGACGUGCGGCUGGUGCGGCGGCUGGCCAGGCAGAUACCGCUGGAGGAGCUGAAGAGCCACGGCGCCUCCGCGUCGGCGCCCCUCGCCGACAUGGCGCUCAUAAAGCACGGCCGCCUGUCGGUGCAGCCCGUCACACCCGCGCAGUGGGACUUUGUGCUGGCGCUGGAGGAGGGCGACGGCGGGGCGUGA